AUGUCAUUACCCAGAAGCUCGGAGGGAAAACCGUCUUUUGAAGAGCAGCAGUAUGCUACAUCAGUGGAAUCGACAUCAUGGCUUGCCAAAAUCCACCCCUACUUCAAAGACCCCUCUCAUGUCCUUGUCUUCAAACUUGAUGCAUUUCUUCUGACAUGGGCCUUCAUUGCUGGUCUAUUCAAAGAUAUGGACCAGUCUUCGACUACCCAAGCAUAUGUCUCGGGUAUGAAAGAAGACCUCUCAUUGUUCGGCAAUGAGCUAGUUGAGUUCACGACGUACUUUUCAAUUGGCUACGCCAUCUUCAUUAUUCCCUCACAAUUGGUUCAAACGAGGGUCCGACCAUCCCUUUUUCUUCCCUUCUGCGAGAUUGUGUGGGGUUUAUUGACUCUUUUCACCUACGCGGCAAAGAGUGCCAAAACCGUGUUUGUGUUGCGAUUCUUUCUUGGUAUUUUCGAGUGUACCUCGUGGCCUGGUAUCGUCAGCCUUAUCUUCAACUGGUACACUCCCAAAGAGCUUGGUAAGCGACUAGCUAUCUUCGGUGUGAGUGGUGUGGCUGGGAACAUGUUCCUCGGCAUCGUUCAAGCCGCCCUUUACAAAAAUCUAAAUGGCAAUCUUGGGCUUGCUGGCUGGCAGUGGCUGUUCAUUGUUUCCGGUGCUUCGACCAUGUUCUGGGGGUUUGUAGGCCUCUUUACGAUUCCUGACUCGCCUGCAAUCACCAGGGCAAUCUAUUUUAGCAAAGAGGAGAGAGAAUUGGCAAGAAUUCGAAUGGAAAGUGCUGGGACCAAGACCGCGUCGAUCAUUUCAUUGAGUUCUCUGGUUUGGAAACUUAAGUUACUCGCAAAAAGUCCAAUUUCAUAUCUUUUUCUUGCGGCAUACCUUCAAUUUGCGUGGAGUCAGCGAGCCAACUCAUACUUCCUUCUGUUUCUCAAGGGGCUUACGAAAGAAGAUGGAACCGCUCGGUUCUCUGUUUAUACCGUGAAUCUCAUCCCUCUGGGUGGCUAUGCCAUUAGCAUCGUUUGUAACAUCGGUUUGAAUGCUCUCAGCGACUGGAAGGGAUGGCGUUGGCAGGUGUCAGUGGGAGCUGCAACUGUUCAACUUGUGGCGACCUCAGUCUUGGCUAGUUGGCCCGACUCCUGGCAUACCAUCAUUGGAUUUUACUUCCUGACAUUUGCAACGUCAGCAUGGGGAUAUGCGAUCACUGCAUGGCUCGCUGAGAUUCUUCGCAAGGAGCCAGAAGUCCGAUCCAUCAUCGUAGCUAUUGCGGUCACCCUUGUCUAUGCCGGGCAUGCUUCGAUACCGCUGCGGGCCUGGCGGACAAGCGACUCGCCAAGGUACCCUGUUGGCUUCCCUCUCGCGGCCGCCUUCAGUGCUGGUAGCAUCAUCGCAAUCAUGGGGAUGUGGUUUUAUGUUCGGAAGAAUCCAGAUGUUGUGACUUGGGGACUGGGUGGCGCUGAUGAUCUGGAUAUUUCAGUUGAGAGUGGCAUUUCAAAUGAUGAGUAUGGUGCACAGAAGGAGCCAAGAGAGCAAACUCUCUUUAUUGUAAGCAAAUGA